AAUAGAAUCGGAGUAAACCAGUAGUGGACAAAAUCAGGCGGCCUAUUUUCUUCGCGGAGAUUCGUCUGUUGGCUGUGUUGCGACUGCUGUUAGUUCGUCCUAUGUAAUUUUUUUGUUUAGUUUGACUAACGGUGCUUUAGUUUAUUAUCAAGCGCGCAUUUCUUAUCAUUCCGUCAUUCUCUUGGACGCUUUUCUGUGUAUGCAUUGGUGACUGUCCAUUGCAGGCUGGGCGGUGACAGUAUUACAAUGAUCGAGCGACCAGAAACUGCGGUUCCCAGCAUUGCUCAGCGGAACCUGGAGGGCUAUGUGGGCUUCGCAAAUCUUCCCAACCAGGUGUAUCGGAAAUCCGUGAAAAGAGGCUUUGAGUUUACAUUAAUGGUUGUUGGUGAGUCUGGUCUUGGAAAAUCAACUCUUAUUAACUCCCUUUUUCUGACUGACCUUUACUCCAAGGACUACCCUGGGCCAUCACAGCGCAUUAAGAAGACUGUACAGGUGGAGCAGUCUAAGGUGCUCAUUAAAGAAGGGGGCGUCCAGCUGACUCUCACCAUUGUUGAUACACCAGGAUUUGGAGAUGCCGUAGACAACAGUAACUGUUGGCAACCAGUUAUCAACUAUAUUGACAGCAAGUGUGAGGACUUCCUGAAUGCAGAAUCGAGGGUGAACCGCAGAUCGAUGCCAGACAACAGGGUGCACUGCUGUCUGUACUUCAUUGCGCCUUCUGGACACGGACUAAAGCCACUUGACAUUGAGUUCAUGAAGAGGCUCCACGACAAAGUCAAUGUCAUUCCACUUAUUGCAAAAGCUGACACUCUGACCCCAGAGGAAUGCCAACUUUUUAAGAAACAGAUAAUGAAAGAGAUCCAGGAGCACAAAAUCAAAAUUUAUGAAUUCCCAGAUACAGACGAGGAUGAGGACAACAAGCUGAUCCGGAAGAUCAAGGAGAAGAUGCCAUUGGCUGUGGUUGGCAGCAACGUGGUCAUUGAAGUAAAUGGAAAGAAGGUCCGAGGUCGCCAGUACCCGUGGGGUGUGGCAGAAGUGGAGAAUGGGGAACACUGCGAUUUUACCGUGUUGCGCAACAUGUUAAUCAGGACCCACAUGCAGGAUCUGAAGGAUGUCACCAACAACGUUCACUAUGAGAAUUACCGCAGUAAGAAACUUGCCGCUGUCACCUGUAAUGGAGUGGAUAACACCAAGACCAAGGGACAACUUACUAAGAGUCCCUUGGCACAGAUGGAAGAGGAGCGGAGGGAACAUGUGAUGAAAAUGAAGAAGAUGGAGGCGGAAAUGGAACAAGUCUUUGAAAUGAAGGUUAAGGAGAAGAAACAGAAACUGAAGGAUUCAGAGGCUGAGCUGGAGCGACGUCACGAACAAAUGAAAAGGAACUUGGAGGCACAGUACAAAGAGCUUGAGGAGAAAAGACGAGUGUUUGAAGAUGAGAAGGCCAACUGGGAGGCUCAGCAGAGAAUCCUUGAGCAGCAGAAAUUGGAUGCCUCUAAGACCAUGGAGAAGAACAAGAAGAAAGGGAAAAUCUUUUGAAGAACUGACGUCGCUCCUCUUAAGUACCAGCUGUGGCCCGAAAAUGCUUUUUUUCCCCUUUUUUUUCUCUCUCUCUGUCUCUCUCUCUCUCUCUCUAAUACACACACACACACGCACGCACACUGUUCCUAAUAUACUUUGUCAUUUCAAAUUGAGCAUGUUUACCAUAUACACAGCCACACAAAAUGUUUCUAAUUAGCAUCUGUGAUUUCAAUGUGUUUGUAAACCUGUGUUCCCCCUUAUUUGUCCUGACAAAGAGGGGAAGCCCGAGUUCCUCUGAGCUGCAGUCUAGCGUUAACGCAUGGUGAGGACCAUCCAUUUAUACAUUUGUACUUAGUGUUAUGUUAGUCUUGUGUUCUCGAUAUUCUUGGAUUCCACUCUACUACACUCUUUGUAACUGAAUAGAUGCUCGAGCACUAAUUAUCUUUGGGAGGAUCUUGGGAGAAUGCUUGUUGUAUCUAUAAUGAUGAAAAAAAUAUUGGACAGCCUUUCGUUUAAAAAAAAAUUGAGAGCGAGAGAGACACUGUGAAGCAUCUUGAAGCACUGCAGUUUGCUUUUUUUCCCCUCAGUUUGGACAAAAAUGUGACAUUUUCAAACAAUUUGGAAUGAUGUCAAACUGUAACAUGAGUGUUACUAAUGCAUUUCUUAAAUGCUACAAAUGAAAUCAAGUGACUCGGGACAACAAAAAAAGUUAAUUUGUGGGGGGCGAGCACCAUUAGAAACUAGGCAUUGAACAGAAGCCAAUUCCUUUUCUAAAACAUGUCUGAAGUCGUGUCGUCCGAUAAAAGAGGAAGAACUCGACAACCAUCAGCGUCUCAAAAUGUCAUCCAUUUGAGACCUUGUCGGUGGGUUUCAUGUUUCUUGUCCGAGUUUGCUUUUGGUAACCAUCACUGAGUAAACAGACGUGCUCAUAAAUCACAACACCUGCAUUUGUUUCUUUCUUCCCAAUGGCGAAAACUAUUCAAACUGCAAGCCGUCUGCGAGGUGAAAUCAUGUUUACCAAAGAAUUUAAGAAGAAGAAAAAUGGAAUUACUCCCCACCCCUUUGCAACAUUCUAUGCUUUUACAUGAUUAGGUCUAUAGCUUUUUGUGUUUGAGUAAAUUGUGUGUUUGAAGGUGUCGACAGAGCUCAAAGAGGGGCCAGAAGGAUCUGGAACGGCAGUCAGUUUUCCUUGCGGUGUGUGUUUGCUAGUUGAACUGAAGAUAUUAUGCAAAAGCCUCAUCGGUGUCUAUAUAGAGAAUACAGAUGACAGUGAUUACUAAAAGAGGGUGGGAGGGGGGGGCGUUUUAUAUUGUGAUGUAACUGAUGAGUGUUGAACCAGAGUUUGGCAGGCGUUUCCCCUUGUGGUAAAAUAACAAAACUGGACAAGUCGCAAAGAAUUCCUUCAAGUUUUCCUCCUUCUUGUACUCCAAAGUUAAAAAAAAAAAAAAAGUUUGAGAAGUGUAAAAUAGCCUUCCAACAGAUAGAAUAUAAAAAUGCUUCCACGUUAACCAACAAAGGCGUGCUUGUCUAUAGAAUAUUGUAAGUUCAGGGCAGAGGACAACACUUUGAACCUUUACUAUUUCUUACCCAGAGUUGUCAUGGUUUAUUUUCUUACGACAGUGAAUAUGAUGCAUCUGGAGGAAGGACAGCUUGCGCGUCGUUUUUUUUUAGCCUCCUAUGAAUCCCAUUAUCUUAAUCCAGACUGCAUGAAAGUGUUGUUCUCGGUGCAUUCAAACCAGAUGCUAAAGGGACGAACCCGAUAGCUUUGCAUUUUGCUUCUAGCUGCUAUAGAUAACAUAUAUCGUGUAUGUUUUGUGGAGGCCGUUCAGUUGUCUCUUCUUUUUUUGUGACGUUUGUUUUCAAGAUAUUUUUUUAUGCCAGAAAUAACCACUGAACAUGUUAAUUUUCAGUCAGUGAAGAACUAAUUGUAAUACGGUUGUAACACAUUUGAAUUCAGCAAUUCCAAGACCUCUCUAUGAUGACUGAUUUUCACAAAAGUUGAUAUUUCUGUUGAUUCUCUAAAUGUUACAAUUUGCUGGCUCUUCUGGUUACUGCAUUUUUAAAAAACUUUUUGUUUGUUUUCUCCUAGCUUGUUUUAUCUGGUCUGUCUUACUGUACAUUGACAAUAUUAAAAUUGACAAAGGUUUUAACCCCUA